UUGCUACUUUUAGCUUGAAGAUGUGACCCGAUUAAGGGAGAUAAAUCGUCGUCUACAGGCAGACAUACAAGUGAUGACCCGGGAGAUUGACAUGUAUAACAAUGGUCAAACUCCACUUGGUGUAUUAGACCCUCUAGAACAACAGAACUUUUAUAACAACAUGAAUACUGGCCCCCAGGGAUCCAUUUAUUCCAGACCUCCCCCUCAGACCCCUUCACGAGAAACACCACCUCCUAUUCCUCCCCGGACGCCGAUCACCACGCCAACCACUGCCUUGAUACCGCCGGCGCCCCCACCCCAGCCCCAGCAGGACUCGGACGGCGACGGCGAACCCUGGAAUUGCUCAGCCUGUACUUUUCUUAACCAUCCAGCUCUGAAUAAGUGUGAAUGUUGUGAAAUGCCCCGAAUGAACACCUCUCCUCCUACCACAGGUACUGUUACCACAGGUAUUGUCCGCCAUGUUUGUACAUCCGAAUUAUGCUAUUGUCAUAAUAGAUGAAGGUUAUAUCCUCUGACUUUUGACCUUUUGAUUUUAUUCAUUCAUCUUACCAAGGGAGAUGACUGGGGAAAUUCAUUAUGAAACUGUCAACUUGAAUAUAUGCAAGUAGCUGAGUAAUUUUAUUCCAAAUGUUUUAUUUUUGGUUUAGUAUUUUCCUUUUUGGGGAAGUAUUUUUAUGAUAGUAGUUUUUUUUUUUUUUUUUAAACCUUAUUAUUAUGGAAUUAAAAUUCCUGCUAAUUUGUCUCAAUAAGCAGAUAAGCUGAUUUGUAAGUGAAAAGUGAUUUCUUGUAAGUUGUUGAAUGAAAAAUAAUUUUGCACAUGUUAAGGCCUUCAAAAGGAAACAUUGCAUAUUUAUAUACCUACAUGAAAUUUUCUUUUUUAGUAAAGGGUUAUCGUGAUUAUUGUCAAAAUUUUUUAUUUAUUCUAAAUAUUUAUUUCCCGUAAUCAUAGAUAAACAUUACAGGCACCUUUCACAAGGUCUUUUAUAAAAAAAAAGUUUGGAAGUGAAUGCCUCUGUAUAUUUAUGAAGACAAUGAAGAUUCGAGAAUAUUUUCUUCACUGUGAUAUGAUAGUUGCCUAUGGAUGAUAGUUUUUUUCCUGACGUCUGAUGUACCUUGUUAUACAAAUCAAUGCAGAUUAAAUCCUGUACAGUUCUGAAUUUGUGUACAUACAUUUCAUAGUUUGAAUAAAAUCUAAUCAAACUGGACAAUUUUUUGUUUUAUUCUAAGAAAUGAGCAAUAAUACAUUGUAGAUCAUAUGAACUCUAGAACAGAUAAGCAUGGCUUUGUCUAUAUGUUAAAAGAACUUUCCAACCACCUUUUUCAGUUUCUUUGCAUGUUUAGAAGGUGCAAAGUUUUACUUUGCUUUUAGGUCUUAGAUACACAUUAAAGAAGCAAUAUACAUUGUACUUGUAGUAGCACAAUUUUAAUUUUGCAUGAAGUCAUAUUUAAAAUCUUUAUUUCCUGGUUAAUAAUACAAAUUUUUUCAGCAGUUUAAUUUUGCCUCAAUGGUUUAGAUAAAAUGAAUAUUAUUAUUUUGGGCUUCAAUGUGUUUGCAGUAAGGGAAUUUUUUAGAGCAUUGUUUUCUUCUUUCUUUUAUUUUGCAUGCCUGUUUAUUUCUAUCCUUUGCUUGAUUCUUUCCAGGGACGCCCUCCUGAAUGAUCUGAGUGUGUUGAGCAAACUUGACACGUUAAAAAAGUGACCAUUUUAUACAAGAUCCAACCCUUUAAAGGAGGACAGUUUUCUUGGAAGAAAUCAAAAGAUCGCUUUUCUUUGUCAGAAUAUUAGGCUAAUUUUCAGUUUGUGUUGGAUUUAAUUUUAAAAUGUUAGGAUUUACAAUGUGUUUAAAGAUGAUCUUUUACAUGACUGAGUUUUAGAAAGGGGGAUUAUGUUUGAAAUGUACUGAGAGUACUUCAGAUUUUUAAUUGUAUUUUUGUAUGAGAUACAUACCUACCUUGCCGUUUUAACUUGCAGUUUUUGUCUUUGAAUGUUACAUCAGGAUUCCUGUUUUAAUUUUCUGUUAUCCUUAAUUUUUAUUAGCUUUUUUCCCCUUUCCUCAAGCAACUUGUAACAGAAGGCCUGUAUAAUGAUUGACAAAAUUCAGAUUUUUUUUUAAUCCUCUUGCUUCUUUUUUACUGUUAAAAUCAGGAUAUCAAAAGGCAGCAUUAAGUACAAGUAAUUUAACUUUCGAAAAGGUUAUUUAAAAAAAAAAGAUCAAAGAUGCUGUAAAUGUACAUCAUUUUCGAAGUCAUAAUUCUGCAUUUUUGUUUACGGUAAUUUGAAUGUAGCAAAUUAAAUGGAUUUCUUGGAUUGCCUUUUGAGCUUACUAUGUAAAAUAAUUCGACAUUCACAUUUUUUUUUGUUCUUUUUGCAAUUAAUGUCACAAAUGCUGGAUCUGCCCCUAAUUAUUUCCGCAUUCUCCCCCCCCCCCCCCCCAAAAAAAAAGACUCGUGCUUUUCUUUUUAUUUUCAUUUCAUUGUAUUCGGAAAUCCUUAAUACUCUAUAUAUAGAUAUCUCCCAGAUGUUUCUCCUUUUCCCCAAAUUUGUUAUUGAAGAGGCUUUGAAAACAUGAAAGUCACAAGUAAAGGUCAUGUUGAAAAAGUUUUAACUAAAAGAUUAAGGGUGAAUACAUGUGAUAACAGAAGAAAAAUGUCUAAUCCUGCUUAAUUGCCAUAAGUGAAAUGAGGCUUUGUUCAUAGAAAGGGCUAACCAAUAUGUAUAAGCUUUGUUUUGAUUUAUUUCUAAAAUAAAAUUUACAUACACCCGAUAAUCAUUCUCACUUCAAGAUAGCUCACAGGUUGGGUCAAAGUUAUAUGAAAUAUGCUGGACAUCUAUGUAUAUUUUUCGUUGUUAUAUUCAUAUGACUUGCAAAAUAUGUUUUGCUAAUUUACAUGUGUAUUUUCUCUUUGGUUGUGCUUAUUUUCAAAGUAGAAAAUUAACUUAAUACUGCAGUAUAUCUGAUGGCUUUCAUGAUGAAAUGCAUUUAUAUCCUAUUUGCACAGUACAUGCAUGUUGACUGAUCUAGAGAUUCUAAUGUGCACAACUAAUUAUUUUUCUUCCUGUAAAUCAGAAUGCUUUUGUUAUUUAUGCUUAGUUUCUUUAUUAAGUUUUUCUCUCUUUUUGUUUAGCAUUACAACUUGCAUUCAUGAAAGAUCAGGAAAGAAAAUAUUAGGUAUACAUCAUAUGUGAUAGCUUAGCAGCUCAUAAGUUUGACUUUGGCUGGAUCAUGGAUUUUUCAAAUACCAUUGUGAUGUCAAAGUCAUUUGGAAGUUUAGACCAUUUUUCUUUUACAUGUAUUUUGACCUCAAUAUUUUCAGUCCUUUGAUAUCUCAUCCCCACUGAGUUCUACAGAACAAGGUUUUACGAUACUUGUUAAGUGACAAAUAUUACAUCUUUAAAAAUGUUCAUUAAAAACUCCAGUCUAGUCAAAGAUGAAGAAACUUCUGAUUUAUUAUCUGUUCAUGAAAUCGGUGUGCAAAAAUACAAUUCGCAUUUGAUACCCAAUUUCAUUUAUUACUUGCAUUCACAAAGAAAAUAAUACCAUUCAUAAAUGCUUGUUGACAUUUUUGCCAAUUGCUAGUACUUGAAUAUCCUGAUAAACUUUUCCCAUUUUUGAAAUUUCGAAGGAAAAAGAUUUUUUUUAAAAAUAUUUUCUUUUCUUUUAAAAGGAUAUACUGUUAACAGUUUAUGUAUAGAAUGAGUGAAAUUCAAAAGUUGUUGCUAGAUUGAAUUGUGCAGAUAUAAGGUGUGAUAUAUAUCGAGAUUCAUGCAUGAAUUGUAAUAACUGCUUGGUAUAUGAUUUAAAUGAUAAAGCAGUGUAAGAUGUACUGCACAGUAAUAUAUUGUUGUUCACAUUUCAUAUAUAAUAUAUAUGAAAAAUUAUGAAUAAAUAAAAAUUGUUACAAUUAAAA